UUCGUUUCAUUCAUCACAUCGCGAGGACAACACAGUGAUCGAAAUGUUCCGUGCGCUGCUUUUCCUGACAGUAUGUCAGGCAAUCGUAACGACUGGUUUCCAAACGGAGAUUGGUCCCUCCUACCGUUCUUCUGGCGCGAUUGCCAAUACAAUCCGCAACCUGACCAAAAGCUGGACGGCCGGAGCAAAUCCACUACCCAUCUCGUACUACCGUGGCGGAGUGCGGCUAGAGUAUCAGGACAAAUUUCGUCUCCCGAUGGGGAUCCCGGUGGUUCCCGAGGUAGUGACCGAACUGCCGGAAUCGUUUGACGCACGAGACCAGUGGCCGGAGUGUUCGAGUAUUGGGGAGAUCCGUCAGCAGGGCUGCUGCGGAUCAUGCUGGGCGGUGGCGGCCACAUCGGUUAUGACCGAUCGUUGGUGUAUUCACUCACCGGAGCGAUCGCAGUUUACGUUUGGAGCGUACGAUUUGCUGUCCUGCUGUCGACAGUGUGGCGAAGGAUGCCAGGGUGGAAACACAGGUCCGGCGUGGGCUUAUUGGGUCGAAUGGGGACUGUCUAGUGGUGGUCCGUACAAUUCCCGUAGUGGAUGCCAUCCGUAUCCGAUUGAUGUGUGUCAUUCGUCGACUGAAGAGAACGUUGCUCCGUUGUGUUCCCUCAAGUGUCACAUGAGUUAUAACGUGACAGAUACUUCCCGGGAUAGGCGGUACGGAAAAGUUGCUUACUCAGUGGCAGCCGAUGAGGAGAGGAUCAAGGAGGAGAUUUAUUUGAAUGGUCCAGUGCAAGCUGUUUUCCGGGUUUAUGUGGAUUUCAAGGCAUACAAAAGUGGUGUCUAUAGACACGUGUGGGGACCGAAGUCAUCCAAUCACGCGGUGAAAAUGCUUGGUUGGGGCGUCGAAAAUGGUGUCAAAUAUUGGUUGUGUGCCAAUUCCUGGGGCGAAUCGUGGGGAGAUGCUGGAUUCUUCAAGAUAGUGAGAGGCGAGAAUCAUUUGGGCAUCGAAAGUGAUGUUCACGCCGGUUUACCGAAUUUCAAGAAACACGAGGAAGCAUAAAUGGUGGAUAAAAACAAUAGCUCAAUCAAAUAAAGCCUCCUUAUGAAAUCAAGCACGAUUUAAUUAAA